CGUUUGUAAUCUGUAAAAUCGAGGUAAUUGAGUUAGUGCGCGUCCAACGACAUUACUUGGAUCCGAGGAAGUACGUACCCAUUUCUUCGUGCCCCGAAUAACGUAGUGCUUUCCGUCAGGAGUCUUGCUCGCAGUCGUCCUCAGACCUGCGACAUCAGACCCGGCAAAGGCCUCCGUGAUGGCCAGGCAAAUCUUCUUCUUUCCGCUCAACACUUCUUCAACGACCUGAGUCUUGCGUGGUGAUUCGGGCAUCCACUGGAGAACCGCCGUCAAGCUAAUCAUCAUACCCGCCAUGUUUCCAUCGGAAAAGCCUCGGGCGUUGAUUCGCGCAAACUCCUGUGCCUGCACCAUGUCGUGGAGGUAGUCAAAAUCCUCGCCCUUGACUACACCAAACAGGUUCUUGCCGUGCAGAUGCUUGCCAGGUCCCAGUCGCAUGGCAAGCACAUCAUUCGCGGCCAUGCGAUCAAUGAGCUCUUGCGAGAUCGCCCGAUGCGACUCCUUGAAGUAAGGGCUCUUGCUCUCGGGUCGCAGCCACAAGGGCUCGGCGUAGGGAACCGUGCUGAGCUCGCCAAUGCCUUGCACCACGACCUCGGAUUUCUCGCCCUCAAUGGUGCCUAUGCAUAGGGACUUGUACUUCUCGAGCACUUCCUGGCGGUGGAGAUUGUAAAAGGCCGCUGUGGCAUCUGUGCCUGCGACUUGCUCGAGAACAACGGAUCCGCCUGGGUGUGCAUCCACGAAAUCGGACAAGUCGUAGACUUUGUGGUCGAUGAUGCACCACAGGUCGUCCGACUUGUUGUGUGAAGCAACGGCGUCGCGGGUUAAUGCAGGCAUGGUGAUGGGUGGCGACAGGUGACGGAAAAAGACUGCGCAAACGUAGCGAGGGGAAAAGAAAAGGCCGGCUCGAAUGGUGAGAAA